UCAAACAAAUGAUAAUGAAUUAAUUAAUAGACGUAGAACAAUGCUUAGUUUUGCUAGAAUGUUUUUAAAAGAAAUUACUGAAUUAAUGAGUGCAGAUCGAAGCCCUAUUGUAGAUAGAAGACCAGAACUUAUUUUAGAUCCAUCCAUUCAAAAACGUCUUACUCAUUUCUCUUUGAUUACACAUGGAUUUGGUGGAAUUGCAAUUUUAGCUGUUUUGGAAGCACUAAAUGGUUGUAUUGGCGAAUCUCUUAAAUCAUUGGAAAAAAUGCUUCAAAAUAAUAAUAUACAAAUUCAAAGUCAACCAACAACAGAGACAUCAAGUGAAAAUAAUACAAGAAUAAAUUUAUUAUUUAAUCACCAAAGCAAUCAAAAUAUCUGA